GCAAAGCAGCUUCUCUGCUUUUUUCACGUUGCCCAAGCAGAGUGGCGAUGGCUAACAUCAAGCCGCAAUGCCAUCCCAAAUGACCAAAGGAGGAGUCUCAUGGCCGCAUUCAGAAAGAUAAUGUAUGCUGGCGAUAAAGGAACUCGGGAGGCAGCAAUUGAAGAGCUGAAGCUACCUUCGCAAGCAUACAUUUCUCGCGUAAUGACGUUCUUGGACAAGAAGAAAGAGUGGGUAGUGCUGUACCGCAGCGAGGUUAUGACUAGAGGUCAUAACACCUACAACAUUGCUGAGGCAUCGAUAAGGAUCUUGAAAGACAUUGUGCUUUCGAGAACAAAAGCUUUCAACGCCGUAGCACUAUUAGAAUCUAUCUUGCAAGUCUGGGAGACCUGCUUUCAAGCCAGAAUUCUAAGGCAUGCUAACGACUGCAUCCCAUCGCAUCACAUUUUAUGUCAUAACCUCCUGAAGAGGAUGCCAGAUGGAGCUGCAGAGACCAUUGUAUAUCAGGGGAACCAAUGCUACAUGGUACCAAGCGCAAAGAAGAACGACGUUUAUGAAGUUUAUGGAGACACUGGCAUCUGCACAUGUCCGGCAGGAAACACAGGUGCUUUCUGUAAGCACCAGGCGUUGGUGCAAAAAAAGUUCGGGGGCAUGUUCCCAAGCUGCCCAGCACUAUCUGCAAAUGACUGCCACCAACUGGGAUGGCUAGCUCUUGGAGACAACUGCCCCAGUAUUGAAUUGUAUUUAUCAGAGACUGCCAAUGAAACAGAAAAAAACAAAACGAUGUUCAUGAGCCAGAUGUUGCUCCAUUACCAGUUGUGGAAGGUCACAGGACUCGUCUGGACAACAAGCAGGAUUUUCCAGCACAGUUGUCAUCCACUUCUGGCUCGGAGCAAGAAGACACAAAG